AUGUUGUGCAUUUUGUUUCUCUCUUUACUGACAGCCUCAGUGAUAGCUGAUGAGAAAGUCAGCUCCCUGCCCAGGCUGAGUGAUGUUGAGGCAGCCGAAGCCUUCAUCGAGGCUGCUGAAGUGGUGGUGAUUGGGUUCUUCCAGGGAGAGGACAGUUUCGGCUAUAAGGAGUUUCUGACCUCUGCGUCUGAAGUGAGCCCCCUUCCAGUGGCCCUGUGCAUGGAGAAAGAGGUGUGGGCAAAGUACAGUGUUACCUCUGACACCAUCUCCAUCUUCAGAAAGGCAGACUUGCACCAGGAGAACCUGGAGCUCUCUCGGGCGAAGAAACUGGAAAGCGAUGGACUGACUCGCUUUUUCCAGAUUAAUGAACUUCGCUACAUCACUGAGUACAAUCCUGUGACAGCAGUUGGUCUAUUUAACUCUGAAGUGAAGACACACCUCUUGCUCUUCAUAAACAGAGGGAGCACUGACUUCGCUGUGCUGAAAGAGAGGUUGGGUGCUCUGGCCCCAGAGUACACUGGCCAGUUCCUGUUUGUGCUGGUAAAUGGUGGACUGAAAUCCAAUGACCGGUCCCUCGGCUACUUUGGUUUGAAGUCACGUGACCUCCCAAAAGUGGGCAUCUAUGAUGGCAACUUGGACAGGAAGUGGCUGCUUCCCCCAGGAGAGAUCUCCACUGAGCGAGUGAGGGAAUUCUGUCAGUCCUUCCUCAAUGGGACACUACAGACAGAUGUCUUUGUGGAAUAG